GGGCUCGGGGAGGGGCUCCGGACGCCGCGGGCGGGACCCGCCUGACCCCGGCCUACGCUUAGUCCCCGGGGUUCCGCGCUCGCCAUCCCCCGCCUGUUCCGCACCCCGUGGCCCCCUUGCCCGCCUCCCACACCUCCGCCGCUGCUCCAGCCCCCCCCGGCCUCCGCUGUCCCCUUCUUGGCUGUCCCGGGUUGGUGGCCGUCGCGUCCUAGCCUUCCACAGCCUGUCCUGGUCACGCCCGGAUCCCCUCCCCGAGGCCGCCGCCGCCUCUCCUCCCGUCGUGUUAAAGGGGUUUGGUCCAUUCCCUCCCUGACUUCUAAUGUGCUGGCACAGAAGGGAAAUAGCACUUUCAUGCUGAAUGAAAAGCCUGCAAGUGACAGUUGUUAACAGAAAACAACCCAGAUUCUCUGGUUUGGGGAUCCAUCUGAGUAGAAGAGAAAGCAGAAGAGGUGAAGAGGAUGGAGAUGGCCUAAGGGUAGAUGGCCACCUCCACUUCUGCAGAGACAAAGUCGGCCUCUUGGUGGAAUUAUUUUCUUCUUUAUGAUGGCUCCAAGGUAAAGGAGGAAGGUGACCCAACCAAAGCUGGCAUUUGCUAUUUUUAUCCAUCUCAGACACUGCUGGAGCAACAGGAGCUACUGUGCGGACAGAUCGCCGGUGUGGUGCGCUGCAUCUCCCACAUUUCUGGCUCCGCCCCCACCCUCAUCCGCCUGCGCAAGCUCAAGUUUGCCAUCAGGGCUCAGGGAGAUUAUCUGUGGGCGCUGGGCUGUGCUGUGGAGCUCCCCGACAGCAGCUGCAGGCGGUUUCUGGACCAGCUCAUUGGUUUCUUUCAUUUCUACGUAGGCCCUGUGGCCCUGGCUUAUGAGAAGCGAUCGAGGGAGGAGCUGGGCGCGCAGUGGGAUGCCUUCAUCCAGCGAGUCCUGAGCAACACCACCGAGCUGCAUAAGAUAUUUGACUCACUCUGGAACCUCGACCAGACCAAGGUGGAGCCCCUGCUGUUGCUGAAGGCCACACUCAUCCUGCAGACCUGCCAGCGCGCACCUCACAUCCUGGCAGGCUGUGUCCGCUACAAAGGGCUGAUUGUGAGUACCCAGCUUCCACCUUCCCUUACCACCAAGGUCCUGCUUCAUCAACCUGCACCUGGGAACCAGAGCCCUCCUGCAGCAGGAGCCUCCCCACAGAAGGCAGUUCUAGGAGUGGCAUUGCCCUCCGGCGUCCAGAUCACCCCAGUGUUCCUGACUGAAGAGGAGGCCGCCAGCCUCCGUGAGUUCGCAGUGCAGUGUGGGGCCAGCUCUCCUGAUCCUCCAGCCGAACUCCAUGAUGGCUUAGAGCUGCACCCUCCCCAGAGCACCUCUGGCCCUGGAGAAGUCGCCAGCAGGCACACGGUGUCCACCGCCAUCCCCGGGCCCACAUCCCCUGGUGGAGCAUGGCUCGACGGCAGGGAGGAGGAGGAGGGCCACUUGCCCAGCCAUGGGCCACACAGCGCUGCCUGGAACGGGGGUCCUGGCCGUGGCUCCCCUCAGGGGGAGUGGGACUUGUCUGCAGUGCGUGGUGCAGGAGCUCAGGGGGCAUUGGGCUCCUCGGGCCACAGUGCCCUCCUACCCAAAGGCAGCCCAGGCAAAGGUCCGUGCAGCAAGGACUGUGUCCAGCCCUGUGGCAGCCCUGCGUCCCCCAAGGACACUGUCGGCAGCUGCUGCGUGUGCUCUCCUGAGCUGCUCGCUCAGAAUGGAGCCCGGGAGCAGUCCCCAGCCCCUCUUGGGGCCUGUGGCCAAGACACCUUCUCCAGGGGAGGGCAGACAGGAAGUGGGCUUUCGGGGGGCUGUGCGGCUCCUGGUCCCCCAUGCAGUUCAGACUCUGCAGACACAAGUGACUCUAGCCUGACCCCAUCAGGCUCCUAUGUAGGACUCGUGCCCGUGGCCCUGUACACCCACAGUGUUAAGGGGCUGGCACUGUCCCUGCUGGCCAAGGAGUCAUUGCUCAGAGACGGUGCAGCCAUCGAGGAGGUGUACCACGGCAGCCUGGCAUCCCUGAAUGGGCUGGAAGUCCACCUGCAGGAGACGCUGCCCAGCGAUAACGUGGGCCCCACUGGCCGCUCCCACAGCUUCGUGCACUACGACCGCGUGCAGAGCGUGCUGAUGGCGAACCUGCCGCCAGGGCCCGUGGACCGCCGCUUCCUGCAGGUCGUCAGUCUGAUGCACUCUGACUUCGCCCGGCUGCCCAUGCUGUACGAGGUGACCGCCAGGAGCGCUGCCACAGCCGUGUAUGCCUGCUGCAGCCCCGCCCAGGAGACCUACUUCCAGCAGUUGGCACCGCCCGCCCGCAGCUCCGGCUUCCCUAGCCCCCAGGACAGCACCUUGGGCCUCGCUGGCAAAGCUAGGCAGAAGCUACUAAAACAUGGGGUGAACCUGCUCUGACUACACCCCGCUGCCCACCCUGUUUCCCAGGCCCCACCGGAUGGCCCAGCUAGAGGGUACUGAAAUGUUCCCUCUGUCUGUGUUCCUUGCAACGUUUCCUAGUGUGGGACCUAGCCCUUGAGGAGUUACCCUGCUGGUAGGGUGUGGGGGUCACAUGGAACAGCCAAUCCUGCAAGGCUGUAGGUGGUGCUGGCCUGGAGUCCGCUUGUCCCUCUGUGUGUGCCCCCUGUCCUGCAGGCCGUGGAGCUCUGUGGGCAUCAGCUGCCUCGCCAGCUUGGGGCUCCCCAGUGCCCCUGGAGGUGGGGGACAAUGCCCGAGUGUAGGGCAUGGGGUGGUGGCCUGUACUCACUGGGCUUUGGGUGAGGGCUGGGCUGGGAAGCUCCUGCAGUGGAGGGCCCCCGGCCAUGCCCGGCCACACCUCCUUGGUGCCUCAUGCUUCGGGGUCUGUGGGGGAACUUCCCAGCUUCUGUACAGUGUCCAACCAGUUGUCUGGCCCAUGAUGCACCACAGCGAUGGGUCUGUCACAGCCUGGUGUCUUUUCCCUGAAAUGUGUUGUCAGGGCUGAGAAUAAAGGGGCCAAGAGCA